CUUGCUUCGUUCUCGCCAUCACUUCAACCGCAUCGCUCGAAGUCGACUACCCGCCAUGGUCGACGACGACGCUAAUGAGGAGCUCUCAGUAACGUUCCAACCUGCAUUGUACCUACAGAGACGUGCAUGGGUCUUUGAGGAGAUGCGUCGCGAAGGUACAACACGUGUCGUUGACAUCGGGUGUGGGGAAGGCGAGACGAUCGCCUGCCUCUCCAAUCCGGCGCCGUGGCGCGGACCACUGCGCUUAGAUUGCAAAAAUGGCUCGCCUCAGCCUGUACAAGAUACCCUACAUGUCCUAUCUAUACACGCUUUGGACAUAUCUGCCGCCGAGCUCGAGCUCGCAACCAUGGUUACAGCGCCGCCCUCGAAAGAGUCAUGGCUUACGCGCUGGGAAUCGUUGGACGUCAAGCUCUGGCACGGCGGGCUGGAGUCCUUCAACUCCGAGUUUGUUGAUGUAGAGUGUAUCAUCUCCACUGAAGUUAUCGAACAUCUCCCUGAGGGCGUCCUACCUGAAUUCGCCCCCAUGCUUUUGGGCGUGUACCAUCCCCACCUCCUACUUAUCACAACUCCGUCCUAUGACUACAACGCGAGAUUCACCGCUCCAGAUGCUCCUCCCUCUGCCCGCAGAGGCUUCCCAGAUCCCACCGGCCGGACAAAUCGGAUCUUCCGCCACCACGAUCACAAGUUUGAAUGGACUGUACAGGAGUUUAGGGUAUGGUGCGAGGCAGCUGCCCGAGAGUGGGGAUACGAUGUCACGGUCUCAGGCGUCGGUAGGGCGCAAGAGAAGGACAAAUGGGGUCGUGACGAUGAACUUGGCUCGGCAAGCCAGGUU